AUGAAUUUGGAGGAGUACUUCAAAAGAAUUGGUUUCCAUGGCUCAUAUGAGAAACUGGAUCUUGAAACACUGAAGCUGAUCCACAAACAGCACAUCAUGUCCAUUCCUUUUGAAAACCUCAGUAUUCACUGUGGUGAGAGGAUCGUCAUGGACCUGGAGGUAAUUUUCAAUAAGAUAGUGAGGAGUGGACGUGGAGGCUGGUGCCUUGAGAACAACUUUCUGUUUGGCUGGGUGCUGAGAGAGAUGGGCUACAACACUACGACUUUGGGCUCCAAAGUUUUUAACAGUAUCCUCAAUGUUUUUGGUCCUCUUGAAUCUCAUCUCAUCAACAAGGUUGUCAUUGAUGGAAAAGCUUACAUAGCAGAUGUAAGCUUUGGGGUGUCCUCCCAAGUGCGGGAGCCCCUGGAGCUCAUCUCUGGAAAGGACCAACCUCAGGCAGCGGGGGUCUUUCGUCUCAUAGAAAACGAAGACAUCUGGGUGCUGGAGAAAACUGGUAGAAAGCCAGAGGUUGUCAAUCCAGAGUUUGCCAAAUCAAGUCUGGUAAACAGGAAGGAAACAAAGCAGAUCUACUGCUUCACCCUGGUGCCUCGAGAGGCUGAUCAUUUCUUUGAUAAAAGCCACACACUUCAGACAGAUCCCAGUUCACUGUUCACUAAUAAGUCUAUCUGCUCUUUGCAAACACCCACAGGAUUCAGAGCCCUGAUUGGCUGGACCUACAGUGAGGUCACCUACAAACCAGAGGAAGGUGUUGAUGUCUUAGAUAUGAGGGACAUACCAGAUGAGGAGAUAGAGCAAAUUCUGAUGGAAAAAUUCAAUAUAAAGCUGCAGAACAAGCUAAAGCCUUGAAGCAGCUGGAACAACGCCUCAAGCUCUGAUUACACAAGAGGCGAAGCAAAUAAUCAACUAACUCAAACAGAGGCCGGCUUUACUGGCUAUAGUCAUAUAAGCUCAGCCCCCAGGAAGAGAUAGCUGAGUUGCUGCUCCU